AUGGUGGGUGAAGAGGACACACGCAAUGCGGCCGAGCGCCUGCGGAAGCUGCUGCGCGCCGCCCAGUACCCGCAGCUGAACGCGCUGCGUCUCGAAGCUGGAGAUGUGUCGGACCUACUACGCGUGCUUCACUUCGUAUUGCUGGACUCCUCGCGUGCCGUGGCGCAGUUCCUGGUGAACAAAGGUUACGAUCUGUAUGGGAAGACGGACGCGCGCUUCGUGGAAAGUGCCUUCCGUCUGCUGCGCAACGAGUUUCGUUACUUCCCGUCGCUGAGCGUAACUCAGUUCUUAUCCAAGCAGUUUGUAGCCCGUAGAAUCGCGAUCGUGGCAGACUCUGCGGCAGCUGUGGCGCAAAAGCGCCAGGAACUGCAGAGGCUGAAGCGGAGGGAGGGAGCUAUAUGGUCGCCGCCUAAGGAGAGGGGCAGAAAGCGAGAGAUUAAGCCUACCGUGGAGAACCAUGUGUUUCCCGCCAACCAUGCAGCCAAUAUCCUCCAACACCUGAAUCCGUGCAGCUGCUUACAAGAUUCCGAUAGGUUAGCGACGGCAAUCGCUAACCUCAGUCUCCAACUCAAUGAAAUGUCAAAUGCACUCAUGUGCAAGAUUACAAGCGUGGAAAGUCGUCUUGGUUUGACCCAUUCACGGACGAUGGAUGUCGAUGCUCCUUGCGCAUGGCCUCCACAGCCUUCCGUCUUCGAGCGGUAUUAG